GACAAUUAAUCAGUCUUUGGCGUACGCAUUACACACCAAAAGAGGGGUAACUUAAUAAUUAGAUAAAUGAAUGCAAAAUUAUCAUAAACAAUACAAAUGUAAAUAAAAAUAUGAAACAAAAGAACAACUUGCCGGUUUCAUCAGGUAAUUGGCUUUUCCAUUCAUGAUUUAACAUCAUAUAAUGGGAAUGCAAUUCAAGAGAGAUCCAGCAUGAAUUUCCUAUAAAUAGCUAUUUAGAUUUCAAAGGACACAUCCUACCAACUAUCAUCAUCCUGAACACCCGUAUUAUAUUUAUCAGAAUGGCUACAAUUUCUGAAAGGAAACUGAUGUUUGUGGCACUGUUGGUUGUGGGGCUCUGGGUAUCUCAAGCCUGGUCUAGGUCGCUCCAUGAUGCAGCCAUGAAUGAGAGGCAUGAGAUGUGGAUGGUUAAAUAUGGCCGUGUGUAUAAAGACAAUUCGGAGAAGGAGAGACGAUUUGAAAUCUUCAGGAACAAUGUGGAGUUUAUUGAAUCUUUCAACAAGCCUGGGAACAGGCCUUACAAGCUGGACAUCAAUGAGUUUGCAGAUCUAACUAAUGAAGAGUUCAAGGCCUCUAGAAAUGGAUACAAAAGGUCUUCCAAUGUUGGGUUGUCUGAAAAAUCAUCAUUUAGGUAUGGAAAUGUUACUGCAGUGCCUACCUCCAUGGAUUGGAGACAGAAAGGAGCCGUCACCCCCAUCAAGGACCAAGGUCAAUGUGGAUGUUGCUGGGCAUUUUCUGCUGUGGCAGCAAUGGAAGGUAUUACAAAGCUUUCAACAGGAAAACUGAUCUCUCUUUCAGAGCAAGAACUAGUUGAUUGUGACACAAGUGGCGAAGAUCAAGGCUGCGAAGGGGGUUUAAUGGAUGAUGCAUUUGAGUUCAUCAAACAAAAUGGAGGCCUAACUACUGAAGCCAAUUACCCUUACCAAGGAACCGAUGGAACUUGCAACACCAACAAGGCAGGUAAUGAUGCAGCCAAGAUUACAGGUUAUGAAGAUGUGCCUGCCAACAGCGAGGAUGCCCUACUGAAGGCAGUAGCCAGCCAACCGGUCUCUGUUGCCAUUGAUGCUAGUGGAUCUGCCUUCCAAUUCUACUCAGGUGGAGUGUUCACAGGAGACUGUGGAACUGAACUGGACCAUGGUGUCACUGCAGUAGGUUAUGGGACAAGUGAUGGUACUAAGUAUUGGCUUGUCAAGAACUCAUGGGGAACAUCUUGGGGUGAGGAUGGAUAUAUAAGAAUGGAAAGGGACAUUGAAGCCAAGGAAGGACUCUGUGGAAUUGCGAUGCAAUCUUCCUAUCCAACAGCAUAAAAUGGCAGCAAAUUAAACUGUAUAGAUGGGUCAGUUGUCUGAAGUUGUUACAAGUUUAUGUAUUAUACUACUGUAUCAUCCUUUAAGCUCAUGUAUUGGUCUGAUGUAUUUACUAAAGGUUUUAUUUCA